UAAGCCAUGUAUAGCCAACAAGGUUCGGGUGGCGUUACGCAUAAUUUUCCCUCAUACGGAUAUAAGGAAGAGAAUAAGUGGCAAAUCGAUCGAUGGGUGCAAGCAGCCGAAGGUGUAGUACCACAUGAUGCCGUCAUUGGCGGGUAUGAAGGCGAAACUACGUUCAUCGGACGCGCCAAACACCGGGGAUCGAUCACGCCCGGCCGGAUAGUGCCGUCGAAGAAAGCGUGCCUCGUGGUGUGGGGUGGCGAGGAGCACGAAAUCCAUGACUACCAAGUGCUGUGCGGGUACGAGGGCAAAUUUGUGCCCACCACCAAUGGAUACAUACCCCACGGGGCGCUAAAAGGUGGAGUGAGCGAGAAUGGCGCGCCGCUGUACAUCGGAUUGGUACGGUUCGGGUUAUCGACGAUCAUUGGCAAAGUACAACCUGACCAUCGCUGCUGCUACAUCUCGAUCGAUGGAGUGGAGAAAUCGUUUAGGGAGUGUGAUAUUUUAGUUUCCAAAUCCGCCUGAAAGCGUGCCUUGAGUGCUUCUUAAAACGCAAAAGUCGAACGAAGAAACUACCUCUUUCUUACUUGAA